AUGCUGGGGGAUAGCAGAUCACUCGACAAAUCCGUGGAUUCAGGCGAUUAUGAGGUAGCCUCCGAUUCCGAAGAGGAAUAUGAGGUUGCUUCGGACGAUGAUUUCGAAGUGGCAUCAGAUUCUCAGAGUGAAGUGGAAGCGACGAAGGAUAGCAAAUCGCCAAGGGAAACUAUCGUGGAAUACAUUGAAGAAGAUAUUAAGGAGGAAAUUAUCGAGGACGACGAAGACGAAUUUGAGGAAGUCUGGGUGGAUGAUAUGGGGAAUGAAGUCAUUGCCGAAAAUUGCGAUUCAGAUGACAUAUCGGACGGCGGCUCGUCUUUGGGAGAUUAUGAUCCCAACAGACCCAUCAUUAUUAAUCCUUCCGAUAUCCCAACACAGAGCGAUGUUUCGAAUCGGCAGCGCUCACAAGCCGACAUAAAGGAACCAUCUGAAGAAAAGAACACGAAAAGGAAACAUAAGUCUAAGAAAACUAAAAGCGGAGGGUCCAAAUCAGGGUUGAAGAAAAAGGAAAAAUCUUCCAAGAGCAAAAAGAAGUCGGCUGCAUCUAGUACGCUUGAUCUUAGUGAAAAGGAGACCGAGUCAUCGAAAAAAAACCGAUCGAGGUCGAAGACCAGCACCAGGUCAGUCACAUCGAAAAACAGCACCAGAUCAUCCAGAUCGAAAGGCAGCACAAGAUCAAGCAGAUCGAAGAGCAGCACACGGUCGAAAAGCAGUACGAGAUCCGAGAGUAGAUCCAAGAGUCGAUCCAAGAGUCAAUCGAAAAUUGGAAAAGAUGAUGAUUCCAAAAAGAAGGAUAAGAAACGCCCAAAAAGAUCAGUAUCCGUGGAUGAGAUGGAACUAGGCGUCGUUGUUUCGGAUGAUGUGGGGUCUCAAGCAAUGGCAGAAUUGAGUGCGUUGGAAGAAGAGUUGAAUCGAAGCAUUUCCCUCUUUACUAUGCGGAAUAUUCCUGAUCCACUUGAGUCUUUGAAGGAAGAGUUGCGUCCCAUAGUGGUCGCUCCAGAUCCACGAGGGCGUCCAAGUAUGGAUCGAAUGCAAUCCAUGUCGGAUCUUGAGGCAGGAAAGCACAGUGGCCGAGAGUCGAAAGAAAAAACGACCAGACGAAGGAGGAGUAGAAGCAAGAUUCAUCUUUUGGAGGGAGAAGACGACGACGCAUCAUCAAAAGCCAGUGACCGGUCACAGUUGAUAAAGAGACAAUACGGAUCAAUGAGUGACCUCACAAAGCAAAUGUCUGCAAACUGGGACAAGGCACAAGAAUCGCCAGGAGCAUCAAAGCCGCGAUUACUAUCCUCUGUCUUGGGCUCUGAAACUGGAGAGUCUAAAGAGCCAGUAGAGAGUUCCAGUCGCACCGGAAGUAUGAGCACGAUGUACUCGGAGGUUCAAUCACCACGCCCCGAGAAAGCAAUUGCUUCCCCAAGACGUCUAGUAAGGGCGGCUUCUCUUUCCAAACUCAUGUCAUAUUCUUCUUUUCAAGAUGACUUGCUAGAUGAUGAUGACAAUAGUGACGACAAUGUUCACAUGACCCCAAGGUCCCGAAAAAAGAAGCUCACAAACUUUAUCGCCAAGAAUUCCAGCUACGCAACUAUGGAAGACGACGAUGAAGAUUUCACGUCUACACCCAGAUCAAGACGAAAGCGAAUGCUCAAGAUGGGUGGUCUCUUUCGGCACUCGGCACGAAGUUUGGGGUAG